UCCGACUGCCUGCAGCGUGUCACAGACAGACAGGCUGGUGGCCCUCAGUCUGCGCUGUGACCACGGACAGGGCACUGCUGGGACUCGUCUGAAUUCAAAAUGCUGAAAAGAAAGCCGUCCAACGCGUCCGAGAAGGAGAAACAUCAGAAGCCAAAGCGCAGCAGCAGCUUUGGGAACUUCGACCGUUUUCGGAAUAACUCCACAUCCAAGCCGGAGGGCUCAACCGAGGUGUACGAGGGGGAGCCCGUCCAUGAAAGCGAAGAGAAAGAUAAAAACGCAACUCACGGGGGGCGUUUAGGGAAGAAAAUGAGAGCCAUCUCCUGGACGAUGAAGAAGAAGGUGGGCAGAAAGUACAUCAAGGCCCUUUCGGAGGAAAACGAUGAAGAAGAUGGGGCGGACACCGUCCCGUGUCGGAACAGCGACCCCAUGGUCGGGAUCCACACAGAGAAGCUGCCCCUCCACGCCAGCGACUCCAUGGACAGUCUCUACAGUGGGCAGAGCUCGUCCAGUGGGAUAACGAGCUGCUCCGACGGCGCCAGUAACCGGGACAGCUUGCGGCUGGACGACGACAGCCCCUACUCCGGGCCCUUCUGCGGCCGCGCGCGCGUGCACACGGACUUCACGCCCAGCCCCUACGACACCGACUCCCUCAAAAUCAAGAAAGGAGACGUCAUAGACAUCAUCUGCAAGACGCCCAUGGGGAUGUGGACGGGGAUGCUGAACAACAAGGUGGGGAACUUCAAGUUCAUUUACGUGGACGUCAUCUCUGAAGAGGAGGCGGCCCCCAGGAAGACAAGGACCCACCGGAGGAGCAGGACGGAGCAGUCCGAGUCUCUGCAGGAAUUCUUAGAGAGGCUUUGCCUCCAGGAAUACACGUCCACGCUUCUGCUCAAUGGUUAUGAGACCCCAGAAGACCUAAAGGAUAUAAAAGAGAGUCACCUGGUGGAACUGAACAUUCAACGCCCGGAAGACAGGAUGCGGCUGUUAGCAGCUGUGGAGAACCUGCUGGAGCAAGACGGUCCAGCUCUCCAGGUCGAUGAAUCUGUGCCCCUGUCCUCAAGUCCAGACAGCUCCUUAAAUAAGCCACCGCUAGAUGACUGCCCAAGGGACUCGGGUUGUUAUAUCUCAUCCGAAAACUCAGAUAAUGGCAAAGAGGAUCCGGAGUCUGAAAACCUGUCUGACAUGGUACAGAAGAUUUCUAUCACGGACACGGCGGCACCGCACUGACCUCUCCUCGGGCCGAGGGAUCCGACAGGAGAGCAAGAAGAAUUUGCAGAUACAACCGAAAGUUAAGAUGUUUUCAUCUCCAUACUUGUACAUAAAAGUUGAUAGUCUAACACUCCCAGUUAUUGUAAAGACUGUGUAUAUUUAUUACUUUAAAUGCUACAUGUUAAUAUUUCACGUGUGUGUAUAAGAAAGGGUCUCAUCUAAAUCUUUGGUAUUUUGGG